GCUCCUGAGCAGCCAGUACGGCAUCAACCUGUUCCUCGCCGGGCUGCUGCUCAUGUUCGCCUGGGCUGUGCAUGCGGUGGGCAUCAGGAAGCAGGAUCUGCUCUCCUAUCUCAUCACCAUCAUGCUCAUCCAGCUGCUCUGGAUGCUGUGGUACAUCUGCAGGAGCUACAGCCAGAGGAGGCUCAUCCAAGAGAAAGACACUCACGCGGGAGCCCGCUGGUUAAAGUGUGGGAUUACAUUAUUUGCAGUGAUUACUUUAAUUCUGGACUCUUUUAAAAUUGGAUUCUUUAUUGGAUUCUCAAACUGUUUAUCAGCAACUGAAGGCAUUUUUCCUGUUACACAUGCAAUGCAUACGCUUUUUCAGGUGUAUUUUCUUUGGUGUCAUGCCAAGGAUAUUAUCCAGUCUUUCAAAACACUUGAAAGGUUUGGGGUGAUCCAUUCUGUGUUUACAAAUUUACUCCUGUGGACAAAUGGAGUAUUAACAGAAUCAAAACACCAACUCAACGAACACAAGGAAAGACUAAUCACACUUGGUUUUGGAAACAUAACAAUAGAUGACCAUGCACCUGAAUGUAAUUGUACAACAACUCUCUGUUCAAUAUUUUCACAAGGAAUAUAUUACCUGUAUCCCUUCAACAUAGAAUAUCAUAUUUUAGCCUCCACGAUGCUCUAUGUCCUGUGGAAGAAUAUCGGCCGCAAAGUAGAACACCACCACCAACACAAAACACUGUUCAAGUUUCACGGCAUAACAGUGGGCACAAUUUUUGGAUUAAUUGUGCUGAUUAGCACAAUAGGGAUCGUUGUUGUGUACUUAAUUCAGAUAGGAGGUUCGAAAAUCCAAAGUGAGUUAGCACUUACUAUGUUUUAUGUAUAUGCAAUCUCUGUACUAACUCUUAUGUGUGCAGCUGGAAUCGUUGCCCUUUUUAUUUACAGACUAGAAGAAAGAUCAAUGGAUAAUUCAAAAAAUCCUGCCAGGAAACUUGAUGCGGACUUAUUAGUUGGCACAGCUUCAGGUUCCUGGCUCCUUUCUUGGGGUUCUAUUUUAGCAAUUAUCUGUGCCCAGGACCAUCCAAAAUACACUUGGUACAAUCUGGCUUAUUCCAUCCUGGUUAUUAUUGAGAAAUAUAUUCAGAACCUCUUUAUCAUUGAGUCCAUACAUCGUGAACAGGAAAAGGUGAAUGACGACAUUAAGACGCUUCGAAUAUUAACUGUAUCCAAUGGGAGCACUCUGUCACUUACCGCCGCUGAUCUGGACAAUGGGAAGUUACCAUACAUGUUCAAUGGGGAUAUUUGUGUGAGAGACAGAAUUGGUGAUGAUGGUGUGGAUGAAGUCAGGAGCCAAGCUAGCAGUCCAGUUGCACACUCAACCUCAGAUUUCUCACUCUACAGUCAAAACACAGUUAACAAUAAGAGGAGACUCCUGAAGAACAUCGCGGCAUUUUUAUUCCUGUGUAAUCUUUCGCUUUGGAUUCCACCAGCAUUUGGUUGCCGCCCAGAAUACGACAAUGGACUGGAAGAAAUAGUUUUUGGCUUUGAACCUUGGAUAAUUGUUGUUAACCUUGCAAUGCCCUUUUCUAUUUUCUAUCGUAUGCAUUCAGCUUCCUCACUCUUUGAGGUCAAUUGCAAAACAUAAUCUAUACACAGUACAUCAGUGAAUAAUUAGUUGAAUGCAUGACUGAAUAAAUGAAUGGGAGAAAGAAUGAAUACACCAGCAGCUGUUGUACUUAACAGGUUCUACAACUAUUUUAAUAAAGAAGAAUAUAGUUAAUAGAACUUAAUAUUCAAUAUCAUUAAUUCUCCCACAUAUUAUAUUGUACAUUUUUAGACAGACUUUUCCAUAUUAUUGUAAAGUUUACUAAAAUGAAUCUUUUAAUGUUUAAAUCAGUUGAGACUCAACAUGCAGAAACAAGGUUUAUUCUUUGUGUUAUUUGUACUGAUGCAGUUCUCUGAAUGUUGCGUCUGGAUGGGAUUUUUAAAAAAUUAGGAGCAAAGGUCCUAUUAACUUUCCAACAGACCCAGGCUCUUAGGUGCCUUUGAAAAUGUCACUUUCAAUGUUUAGCAAGAUGUUUUAUAAUAUAAGAUGGAAACAUAACCUGUUAUUUAGAUGAGGGGGGAAGUCUGUUUAAUUUUCAGACUGAGACAUUAUUAUCCUCCUGAGUGUACAGUAUGAAAACAGACACUAUAUAGCUUUAGAUAUUAUACUGUAUAUAAUUCUGUAUGAGUUAAACAUGAUUUAAUUCAGGAAGUUCCAUUAUUUUAUACUUACUA